GUAAAUAUGGUGGCCUAACAUCCAACGUAACCUGCAAAACUAUUUAAAAACCCAUUAAAGCAACAAGAAUGGCUAAUGUUAAACCGAUGCUUUCUCUAAAACAAUUUAUACUGAGACAGGAAGUGCUGAAAUUGUACCGCAAGAUAUUUAGAGCUAUCAGAGAAGUUCCUGAUGAAGUACACAGAAAGGAACUGAGAGACUGGGCACGCAGCGAUUUUAGAGCCCAAUCACACCACACUGACGAAAUCACUAUCAAGAUGAUGCUUAACUAUGGAGAAAGGAGCUUGAAAGAACUGCAGACAAGCCUCAAUCUGGCCAAGUGACUUUAUUUUAAGUUUAGAUAAAUAGAGUGAAUGCAGUGUAUCAUUAAAAGUAUUGUAAAUAGUAAAGUAAUUGCCAUAGCUA